CCCGGACAGGACCCCCUUGAGCUCGCCCCUCAGCUGCCACCAUGAGCGACCAAGAUCACUCAAUGGAUGAAGUGACAGCUGUGGUGAAGAUUGAAAAAGGUGUUGGUGGCAAUAAUGGGGGUAGCGGUAAUGGUGGUGGUGCUGCCUUUUCUCAGACUCGAAGCAGCAGCACAGGCAGUAGCAGCAGCAGUGGUGGCGGAGGAGGGCAGGAAUCCCAGCCAUCUCCUUUGGCUCUGCUGGCAGCAACCUGCAGCAGAAUUGAGUCACCCAAUGAGAACAGCAACAACUCCCAGGGUCCGAGUCAGUCAGUGGGCACAGGUGAACUUGACCUCACAGCCACACAACUUUCACAGGGUGCCAAUGGCUGGCAGAUCAUCUCUUCCUCCUCUGGGGCUACCCCUACCUCAAAGGAACAGAGUGGCAACAGUACCAAUGGCGGCAAUGGCAGUGAGUCUUCCAAGAACCGCACAGUCUCUGGUGGGCAGUAUGUUGUGGCUGCUACCCCCAACUUACAGAACCAGCAAGUUCUGACAGGUCUACCUGGAGUAAUGCCUAAUAUUCAGUAUCAAGUAAUCCCACAGUUCCAGACUGUUGAUGGGCAGCAGCUGCAGUUUGCUGCUACUGGGGCCCAAGUGCAGCAGGAUGGUUCUGGUCAGAUUCAGAUCAUACCAGGUGCAAACCAACAGAUCAUCACAAAUAGAGGAGGUGGGGGCAACAUCAUUGCCGCCAUGCCAAAUCUACUCCAGCAGGCUGUCCCCCUCCAAGGCCUCGCUAAUAAUGUGCUCUCAGGACAGACUCAGUAUGUGACCAACGUGCCAGUGGCCCUGAAUGGGAACAUCACCUUGCUACCUGUCAACAGCGUUUCUGCAGCUACCCUGACUCCCAGCUCUCAGGCAGGCACGAUCAGCAGCUCUGGAUCCCAGGAGAGCGGCUCACAGCCUGUCACCUCAGGGACUGCCAUCAGUUCUGCCAGCUUGGUGUCAUCACAAGCUAGUUCCAGUUCCUUUUUCACCAAUGCCAAUAGCUAUUCAACAACUACCACCACCAGCAACAUGGGAAUUAUGAACUUUACCAGCAGUGGAUCAUCAGGGACUAGUUCUCAAAGCCAGACACCCCAGAGGGUUGGUGGGCUACAAGGAUCUGAGUCUCUGAACAUCCAACAGAACCAGACAUCAGGAGGCUCACUGCAAGGAAGUCAGCAAAAAGAGGGAGAGCAAAGUCAGCAGACCCAACAACAACAAAUUCUUAUUCAGCCUCAGCUAGUUCAAGGGGGACAAGCUCUUCAGGCCCUCCAAGCAGCACCAUUGUCUGGACAGACCUUCACAACUCAAGCUAUUUCCCAGGAAACUCUCCAGAACCUCCAGCUUCAGGCUGUUCAAAACUCUGGUCCCAUCAUCAUUCGGACACCAACUGUGGGGCCCAAUGGACAGGUCAGUUGGCAGACCCUUCAGCUGCAGAAUCUUCAAGUUCAGAACCCACAAGCCCAGACAAUCACCUUGGCCCCUAUGCAGGGUGUUUCCUUGGGGCAGACUAGCAGCAGCAAUACCACCCUUACACCCAUUGCCUCAGCUGCCUCCAUUCCUGCUGGCACAGUCACUGUGAAUGCUGCUCAACUCUCCUCCAUGCCUGGCCUCCAGACCAUUAACCUCAGUGCAUUGGGUACUUCAGGGAUCCAGGUGCACCAGCUUCCAGGCCUGCCUUUGGCUAUAGCAAACACCCCAGGUGAUCAUGGAGCUCAGCUUGGCCUUCAUGGAUCUGGUGGUGAUGGGAUACAUGAUGAGACAGCAGGUGGAGAAGAAGGAGAGAACAGCCCUGAUCCCCAACCCCAGGCUGGUCGCCGGACUCGACGGGAAGCAUGUACAUGCCCCUAUUGUAAAGACAGUGAGGGAAGAGGCUCUGGAGAUCCUGGCAAAAAGAAACAGCACAUUUGUCAUAUCCAGGGAUGCGGCAAAGUAUAUGGCAAGACCUCACAUCUCCGGGCACACUUGCGCUGGCAUACAGGGGAGAGGCCAUUCAUGUGUAAUUGGGCAUAUUGUGGGAAGCGCUUUACACGUUCGGAUGAGCUUCAGAGACAUAAACGUACACAUACAGGAGAGAAGAAAUUUGCCUGUCCUGAGUGCCCUAAGCGUUUCAUGAGGAGUGAUCACCUGUCAAAGCAUAUCAAGACCCACCAGAACAAAAAGGGAGGCCCAGGUGUAGCCCUGAGUGUGGGCACAUUGCCCCUGGACAGUGGGGCAGGUUCAGAAGGCAGUGGCACUGCCACUCCUUCAGCCCUUAUUACCACCAAUAUGGUAGCCAUGGAGGCCAUCUGUCCAGAGGGUAUUGCCCGCCUUGCCAACAGUGGCAUCAACGUCAUGCAGGUGACAGAGCUGCAGUCCAUUAAUAUCAGUGGCAAUGGUUUCUAAGAUUAGACACCCAGGGCCAGAGACAUAUGGGCCAACACCCACCAAGCCUGGGAUGCAAGGUAGCAUGGGUCCAAGAGACAUGUGGAAGAGAGAGCCAUGAGGCAUUAAUGUGCUUGGUGGUAGGAAAAAUUGGGAGAUGGUACAAAAGAAGAGAUGGGAUCGUGGCACCCAGCUAUGUCACUGGUGACUCCUUGAAAAUGGAAGAUAUUAGUGAGAAUUGUGUUGGUGCCACCCUUUGAUCAGCAUUUAUCUUGUCCCAGGUUCUUCUUACACUUCUUACCCCAGCCUCUUCUUCCUGUUUUCCCCUCUUAGCUCUCCCAUGAUGGAUUCCCCCCCUACCCUUUUCCUAAAGCCAUCAUGCCUUGAUAAAUAUAUAUGAUCAUUGAAAUACUUUUUAACAAAAACAGAUUCUAUAUUAUAUAUAUAUAUAUAUUAAAAAAUAUAUAGAGAUGCUUUCACAGGGGCUGGCUGGGAGGAGGAAAAAGACCAUUCUGUGACCAAAAUACC